CAGGAAGCAUGUCCUAGUGUUUGGGAAAAUACCGUAAACAAACUGUCAGUUUUUCUCUCAUCCUGAGCGCGUGUUUCCUCUUUUUCUCCACAGUGUCGCGACUGUGCUCAAAGAAUCGAGCAUUUGGAGGUUGAGCGACGUCGUUUCCGUGUUGUGGUGCGACGCUACGGGAGCUACGGUGUCUGUCGCUGCGUGUAACCCGGCGGAGGACGUGUAGCUUCGGCUGCUUAUUCUCCCUUUUUCUCUGUUUUUUUCCCUCCUCCAUUGAGUGCAGCCGCAGAGGAGCCGACAUGUCCGACCUGAUCCUGCUGCUGCUGAUGGUCGGCCUCCUCGUGUGCCUGCUGGUGACGGUGGGGGGCUCCCUGGUCUAUUCGGGGCUCCUGUCAGACGUGGUCAUCAAGACCGGGCCCCCUCCCAUCAGGAACGUGACCAUCGCCUACAAGUUCAGGGAGGGGUCCUACAAAGACUGCGGUGCUGCCUACACGGAGAGCUGCAGCAUCGGGCCGAGGCUCACGUCCAUCGGUGUCUUCUACGAUGACCCCAAACAGAGGCCGUCAGAGAAGUGUCGCUACGUGGUGGGCAGUGUCCUGUGCGAGGGUGAAGAGAAGCCGGAUGAAGAGCUGCAGAAGCUGUACGAGACAUUUGGCUUCAAGGUGUUUUCUCUUCCAGAAGUGAGCCACGCGGUGACCACCAGCUUCCCCUGCACCACACCUCUGUCCCACCUGCUGGCACCUUACAGGGUCUACCCGAGGGUUGCUGCCUACAUUGAGGACAGGAAGCUGUGUGCCUUCCCAGUUAUCGAGAUCUGUGGGUCAGAUGUCAUCAACUACAUGGUUCCACUCUCCCGCCAGACAGACUUCUUUGUUCCAGAGAUGAAGGAGGAGGUCAAAACAGAUGUGAAAGAAGAGGACUCCGACGAGGACAGAGGAACUGACAUAACAGGAGCGGAUUCCCACAGUGACGUGAGCUCAGUGAGUGGCGGCGUACCCUGGGACAGCAGAGAGACAUCCUUGGCUGCCUCCACCGCCGCCUCCCUGGCCUCAUCCUUGCCUCUGAGGGACGUAAUGGAUGCAAAUGAAGACAUUAAGCACAGGGACCACAGCGACAGAGACUCGAACGAGUCUGUGGGCAGCGGCUCGUCCUUUGAAGAGCUUGACAUGGAUCAGGAGGAGCCGCAGCAGCAGCAGCCGCAGCAGCAGGAGGAAGAGGAGGAGGACGGAGGAGAGAGGGAGGAGAAGGAAGACGGGGAGGAGAGGGAGCUCCCUGAGAGUGGAGACGGAGCUCGAGAAGCAGUUGAACUGGUGGCUGAAAAGAAGAAGCCCUUGGGGGAUGGAGAGCAGUAGGGAGGAUGCUGAAGAGAUAAGGGCGGAGGCCAUGUAACACUGGCAAGCCAGAGAAGUUCCUCAGUCAUUCCUGUGGCUGGUUUAUCUGUCAUUUAAUCUUGUUGGUGGAUCUCAAGCUGUUCAUGCCAUGACCAACACGCCAUCUUUCUACGCCUUCUAAUUGUCUGUUUGAAGCCUGUACGUUUUGUUCAACUGUAAUCAGUUUGUUUUUCUAAUCUUUUGAUCUUGUCAGAAUUGAACAGCCGAUACCUUGAGUCAAACUAAUUGUCUCUGCACACAGUGUGCAGCAUAUGAGGGCCAGCUUUAGUUUAAUUCUAUAUUUAAUUUCAAUAUUUUAACACAUUAAAGUAAAUACAUUGGAUCGUCAUGCAUCGUGUGUGACAUGGAUAUUUCCCCAAACUGUCAAGGUCAUGUGCUGAGGAAGUUCAUGUCCGUGUUUUUAUGCAUUUCCUGACUUCGGUGUCUUGAUAAAUAGUAUUGAUUUAGUUGAAAAUGUGCAGGAGCUAAUGCUGUAGAAAUCUUGAAGGACCUAUUUCGUUGUGUGAUUUUCUUAUCCUUCUAUUUUUGUGGAAAGUUUGGAAACUGUCAAUCACACGGGGGAAAUUCUGGAGUAAAACUUUUGCCCAACACCAGUAAAGUAAAACCAACGAAUCCUCCAGAAGACUCCAGGACCAGGGUUUAUAUUAAAUUUAAAAAGUGUUUUCCCCAUUGAAUACUGUACAGAACAUUUUAUUGUCACCCUAAGCUUUGAUGAUGGCUUUAGUUUUUUAAGGUAAUUUUCCCUUCUGUUUUUGGUCGGUUGAACCACCUCACAGUUCUGUUCGUAGCCAAUAUUCACUCACUUCCAGAGACUAGCUGUGAUAUGUUUGUUGACUGAAAACGUUGGUGCUGUGCGACAUUAGAAGAAAUGUACAGCACACGGCCAUGGUUGUGUCUUUCUGUCUGUAAUAAAAACUUUAAAUCAGA